CAGAGGCAGAAGGUACAGUGUAGCUGAGCCUUGCAAAGGACGUGGAGGGUUUUACCCAAAAUCAUCAUUUCAAAUGGGCCCCGUCGCCUAGCGUUUAUUUUCCCGAGCCUUGCCAACUGAGAUCUUAGAUUCGGUGUGCAGUUCAAGAUCAGCACCACCAACGAGUUAAGAAUCAGCUUGGUGAUUAUAUAGUAUGAAUUUCAACAUUCAUAACUCUAUAUCAAGGCUUAUCAUCUCCCCGGCACUGAGUAGUAAAAAGCUUUAAAUUGACGAGGGUUUACCAUCAAAGUACAGUGAAGAAAGAUCUGAAGGAUGGCCGCAAUCCCAUCAAGUGGCUCACUCAUCGCAACCCAUGACUACUACAGGAGGCGUUUAGGUUCCACCUCAAGUAACAGCUCCUGUGGAAGUUCAGAGUAUGCUGGGGAGGUCAUCCCACAUCAUCCUGGUCUGCCCAAACACCAAGAUCCUGGACACUGGUGGUCCAGCUUCUUCUUUGGGAAGCAUAACCAACCAACUAUGACCACCCUUACUGAAUCUCCUCAGAACUCGGGGACCUUCAGCGUGACCAAUGAGAAGGUGACCUGUGGGCUGGCCCAGGAGGUGAUGAAGAGGCAGCUCAGUGAUGCCAGCGAGUCUGGCAAGCCGGAGGCCGGGAGUUCUGCCUGAAGCCGGGGCAGAACGGAACAACGCUAGGUGGCGGAGCAACCCAUUUUUACCGUAGACCUAGUUUAGGCUGCUUUAGUCCUUUUUUUUAAAAAUGCUAACAUAAAAGUAAAAAAAAAAGACAAAAAAAAGACACACCUUUUUAUCUUUUUACAUCUGUAACACAUUUAUAACCAUACUAUCACUUUGUCAUCCUGUGUUUACAGAUUAAUAAAAUAGCCUCAAGCAGCCUA